ACACGGAGCGGAAAAGCAGUUGGACACGGCGUGGGAAGGACUGGUAAACAAAACUUCAGUCGAGUAACUUUAGCUCGGUCUUUACUACAACCGAGGUGAAAUAUUAUUCAUUUAUGAUUUCAAACGUUCAUCACAGACACAAGAUGUUGAAGUUCUUCGGAUUCAAGAAUGAUGGCGCCAAAAAAUCUUCUGAGAGAGAGACUGAUGGAUUUGUCAUCAUUGGUGAAACUGUUGAGGAGCAGUCACAGAAGAUUCAGUCCAUGAACAUUGAGCAGCCCACAACAAAUGUAAUAGUACAACCAUCUAAGCCAUCCAGUGCCGGGAACAGAGGAAUUACAGAGAUGACUCGGCCUUCCUCCCAGCCCACGUCUGCCAAGAUGUCCUCAGAAACACACGCUGUAGACGCCACCCCGGCCCUCCCUGAGCUUCUAGGAGACAUACCUUUCACUUUAGCACCACACAUCGUGGCCAUGCAGGCGGGCCUGCCCUUUGUAACAGAUGUCACCCUGCUUCACAACAUAAAUGACAAACUAGCCAACUUUCGUUAUGACUUCACCUUGGAGAACUCGGUGCUUUGUGAGCCGUGACUCUUUGCCCAUCAGUUAUAUCACUAAACGCGUGGUGAACUAUGGGCCUUUGGUUGUCAAGAUCCUCUUUAACCACUUGCCUCUUAAAUAAACGAAGAUCUAGUUUAGCUGACAAAAAUCAGUCACUGACUAAAGGGUGUUGGGCUGGACUGAACAUAUUGUCCUUUUAGUUUAAAUAAGUUAGCAUCAAGAUGGUUUGCCAUCCCUCAGGAUCCCGCACUUGAUUGUGAGAUGAGCAUUACUGCCUUGUUUUAACGCAGUAGACGGGUAUUUAUAAGAUGACCUGUGGCUUUACGUUUUUCAAAUGUAGUUCAAAUUUUACGGGUGUAAUAUCUGUGCAAUUUUGCAUUUCAACUCUGUUGGGGUCCUGUAGCAUAAAAUGAUAUGCUGAACUGAAACUGCUCUGUUUCUUAGUAGUUGCUUUGGGCUGUUUGAUGUUUCAGACGUCACUGUCUGUGUUGGCCUUCCUCAGUUUUUUCUUACUUCUGCAAAAACUCACUGUAAUUUAUGGAAUCGGUUUUAAGAUCAUUGACUGAAAAUCGAUUGAUCUCUCAGUGAUCUUUAAACAUAUGUAAAAUAAAUAAUUCAGUAAUAGAAGUAUUUUAUUCAAAUACAAAUUAUAUUUAAAAAAUGUAUAUUAAAAAUGGCAAUCGCAAUGGCCUUUUGGCUAGUCCACUAUUUACUGUAACUCUACUUUUAGUACCUAUAAACCUUAAAGGCGAAAAAACACUCCCUCUCUGCUAUUGGUCAGUCAAACAGAUAGUCCCGCCCCAAACGGUUGCUAUUGGUUGAGACAGAUGGCUGGUUGGGAUGUGCAAACAGAACAAUAUCCUGAUACUGACGUAGUGUUUUGCACUUUUCAGGGGAAUCAGGAUAGAAUAUUGCUUACUUGUAGUUGUCUCUGCAUAUAAUGCUGGGAUAUGAAGU